AUGAGCGAAGACAAAGACGCGUAUAUUACACCGCCGACAGAGACGGACUCAGGAAAUGGGGCCCUCUGUCGUGUCUCAGUAAAAGUUCCGGAGUUUUGGCCCAACAGACCCGACGUAUGGUUCGCACAACUAGAGGCGCAAUUCGUCCUCGCAAAAAAUACGGAGGACUCCACGAAGUUCUACCACGUGAUUUCGCAGCUUGGCAACCAGUACACCGCCGAGGUCAUCGAUGUCAUCAGCUCACCACCUGCAACAGGAAAAUACGACAAGCUUAAAUCAGAAAUUAUAAAACGACUCUCAGCAUCGCAGGAGAAAAAAGUGAAACAGCUGUUAGUUCACGAAGAGCUGGGCGAGCGAAAACCAUCACAGUUUCUCCGCCAUCUACAAAGCUUGGCAGGUCCUACCGUACCAGAAGACUUCCUGCGCACGAUUUGGUCCAGCCGCUUACCGCAUAACAUUCAGACAAUCGUUGCCACGCAGACCGACACUUCACUGGAAAAAGUCGCAGAACUAGCAGACAAGAUCUUCGAACUAGCUCCACCAACUUCAUCCGUCUUCGCCGCAUCAAGUGGGAGCAACGCAACCCCUACCGUCGCAGCCGCAAGUACUAGUGGCAGUAAUGUAAUGCCACCCUACAUGCAGGAAAUGACAAAACAAAUCGCGGAGCUAACCAGAUGCGUCGCUCAAUUGACUGCUCAAGAACGCCCACAGUUCCGUCGCUCACGAUUCCGCGGCAGAAGCUCGUCUCGAGACAGAUCCUCUUCCAAGCCACGCAUAUGCUUUUAUCAUCGCAAAUUUGGAGCAAAAGCUAACAGAUGCACCACCCCAUGCAGUUACCAUGCAAAAAACACCGAGGGCAGCCGGCAGUAG